AUUCCAUGUAGUCUCAUGCUUAUAAAUAACAUCCAAACUGCAACCUUUGUUUUACGCGUAAACAAAAGAAAACUAGAAACAAUUUCAUUUUUUGACUUUGUCUAGAAGAGAAGAAGAAAGAGCAAGAAGAAGAAGAAGAAGAAGAAGGGGAUGUGUUUGGUGUUCGUGUGUGAUAAGGACGAGAGGGUGAUCGGAAGGUAUGCAGCUCCUGGAGCGUGUCCCUACUGCGGCGGAGCGGUUCAAGUGGUUGACGUAAAUAGCCAGUGGAGAUUCUGCUUCGUUCCUCUCUCUAAUAAAUCCAAACGUCGCCAUAUCUGUUCAACUUGCGGUAAACGACUCAUCGUCCAUGGCUGAAACAAACCCCCACCUCCCACGAGAUCAUUUCUAUUAUGUAAAUAUCCAAAUCUCUGACUUGCUUUGUGUAUCGUGUUUGUAAACGUUGUAAGAAAAAGAAAAGAACAUGUCUUCUCUUUAAUGAGUUCUCAGUAUAUAUAUAAAAAUCAUUAUGAAAAUGAGAUUUUUAAGAAA